UGUGGUUUUACACCGCUGAGGCGCAGGAUUUUAAAUCUGACGAGAUUAAAUCACGGCCAGAUCUGGAGUUUUACGAUUUAUAACGACGUGUGUUGUAAUUCACACUGACUUUUUUGCCCUUAGGGAUUGCCCUCACACCCAUUUGGCUCGUUUUAUUCUGGAUUUGGGCACUAUCGACGAUGUCUGCCGUCCUGCUUUCCACCAUCGCCGGGGAAAGACUGACCCGAAGGAAAACCGCUCCUCAGAGGAGCGCAGAGAUUCUCCCGCUAACGAAGCGCACGGAAACGUGCCGAAAUCUGUUCGGACCUGUGGAUCACGACGAGCUGAAGCGAGAAUUGUCUUCUAAACUUCGCGAAAUAUCUGAACGAGAUCAGCUGAGGUGGAACUUCAAUUUCGGCGAAGGGCAGCCGCUGGAUGGGGAUUUAAAAUGGGAGGAAAGUCGAGCGGAGGACUGUCCGGGGUUUUACAGAGAAAGCACUGCCCUGUCAAAGACGCCUUUGAUGGACUUUCCCACGACAGAAAAUAUCACACAAGUUCCCCCAAAAUGUGGGGGUCCUUCAGUGAUAGUUUUGAACCAAAAGAACCAGCCAAACAAGUGUAACCGGAGAAAGUUAUCUCACAAAACAGUCGCUCGCGUCCAGACGGAGAGACUCGCAGACAUGCGCAUUACAGACUUUUAUGGAAAGAGAAAGAAAAUGGACCGCGUCCAUAAGGAAAGCAGAAACAUGGAGUAAAAACACGUCUUCUGGGGAAAAAAAAUCGCGCUAGUGUGUGAGUCACGGAGUGGUGGCGGGAAAACGCCGGAAGUAAUGACGUCUCCGAGUCUGACUCACGUUCUUAUGUGAUUCUGGAAUCGUAUUUAUUCACUGCUGUUUGUGUGGUUUAACCGUAUAGGAGCAGCUCUGGUUGCUCUUUACAGUGUACAACUGAAAAGUAACUUUAAAUUAAAGUCAGGACAAGUAAACCUAUUUAUUGUUGUCUAAUAUAUAUCAGCAUGUAUAUAUUUUGUAAUGACCAAAGUUAUUUAUUUAUAGUUUUUUCUCUUUUACAUGUCAAGUGUACUUUGUGGUAGAAAAUGUAGCUUUUUUUUUUUUCCUUGAGCAAAAUCACAUUCCUGAGCCAUAUUUGUCAUUGCA